GUCUAACUCUAAUGUCUGGCAGGAUGGCUGCUAUUUCUAAAGUAAUUUGAACAUACUAAUAAACCACAAAGAGGAAACUGCAGCAUCACCUACAGAUCUGCUACAGAGAAGAAAAGCCUCACACGACGUCUGCCUGCUGACAGAGAACGACACAAAAUGUCUCUGCUGGGAUUAAUCUUUAUUUCUGUGCUUCAGUUUGAAGGCGUCAGUGGAGAAGUAAAAUAUCUCUACAGCAGAGCUGGACAUUAUGCCAUCCUGUCCUGUGGCAGAGCAUCAUCCUCUGAUCCAACAUGCUCUCAUGUUGAGUGGUUUUUCGACAGAGAUCAAACUCAGUCUGUCACUGAAGUUUCAGGAGGAAAAGUUAAGCUGGACUCAGUCCGAGCUGUCAGGUUGAGUCUGGACUCUUCCUGCUCUUUGAUCAUUAAAAACAUCACUGCUGAGGAUGCUGGUCGCUACAUCUGUCGACAGGGGGACUACGCUAAUUAUAGAGAUAUAUCUACAUCUCUAAGUGUUCUGACAAUCUCUCCAUCUCCACCAGACGCUGAUCCAAAGAGGGACGCUGAAGUCACAUUAGAGUGUUCUCUGUUCAGACACAUUGAUCUCCAUCACUGUCCACAGAACAGCAUCCGCUGGAUGGAUGAGACAAGAACUGUGCUGCUUGGUGAAGGUGAAGGGUACAAGUUCCAUGGACAGAAGAACUGUGUGUCUUCUCUCACUGUGAAGCGUCAGAGUGGCCACAACAGGAGAUACACCUGUCAGCUGGUUGAUGAGGAGAACAAUGUGGAGAUAGAAGCUGAGUACACACCUGUCUUCACAGGAGACCAUCAGUCAGACACACCUGGUCCAGAUCACUCUCCUGACCUACAGACCUACAUCAUCAUGGGUGCAGCGGGCGGUGUGGUGGUCGUGGUGGUCAUCAUCAUCGCUGCUGUUCUCAUCAAACACAGGAAGAGAGCCAAAGUGACAGUCGAUGGUCAAAAAUCAGCCCAACACCCUGAUGAGCCAGAGAGCAAUCUGACCUACGCCACUGUUAGCCACACUAUCCAACAGGCCCCCAACAAGAAACAGGUCAAAGAGGAAGAGGAAGUCACUUAUUCAACAGUCAAGACUGCAGUGCAGACAGAAGCAGACGAUGAUCCCAGCUGCCUCUACAGCUACGUCAGCAAACCAGAAUGAAUCAGAGGGAAUGAAACUUACAGUUGUAAUGUUGUAGUCAUAAAAACUACCAGAGUGUUUUCUGCCUGAUGGACAGUGGACAGUUUGUGCCACAGUGAUCUUAUCAAAUGUUUAAGUAUUAGUAUUUGCUUAUAGAUUGUGUAGCUUUGCUGUGCUGACAGUAGGAGUGUGGCGAUUACUCAGCCUGUUAAUGGUUUUAAAAAAACAUAGUCUAUUAACCAGAACUGGUGAAAAAGUUGCAGAGCAUUCUUGUUGUUAUUUCAGUUUUUUCCAGAUAUUUCAGUCAGUAUUCUGUUUUUCAACUGCAAAAAAAAAACAAGAUAUUGAAUAAGUUCUUGUUAUAACAGGAAAUGUAUAUUUUAGGAUCCACUGGUGCCUCAGCUUGGGUUUGAGCAUUGUAAGGUCAGUCUAUGAGGCUGAAUUGUUAUUCUUGUGUUUUUUAUGACAUUUUAUGAAGUUUUGGCAAGUGUGAGCUUUUAUUUCCUGGUGAUCCAUUUUCAAAAUCUUAUCUACACUGCUGUAUUUUUCUCCAUAGUUCCUCAAUUAUAUUCCUCAUCUGUGAUAACAAGGACAAUUGUGUGAAACCGAUAAACUGUCUUUGUUUGUUUGUGUUAAGGGGAAAAAUAUUUUUUCUUGUGUGAAAAUGAGUAAAUAAAAUGAAU